AUGUAUUGGCUGCGGCGCGGCACCAUUGUGCUGGUGCUGUUGUUGGUGGCUUCUUUCAUCGCCUGGUUCGUGCCGCGAGUCCUCGACCCAACGAGCCAUGGUCCAGCCAGACAGGCUCGCGACAGCCUCUGGGUGAGCAGCAGCCCCUAUUGGAUUGACCGUCAAUUAUGUCGCUGGCUCAGCCUUUGCGGCCUUCAUCACUUGCGCCGUGACCCAGCCUCGCUGCCGAACGCCAACGCUGCGUCCAUCAACGACACCGCCCAUGUCGACGACCAAGUGUGGACCGAACUUCGAAGGAGAUCCGCUGAGCCCCUGUUGUGGGAAGGCAGAGGAUCCGAGGCUUCUGGCGCCGCAAGUGCCAAAGGACAUGAUAAAAAAAGAAACCUUUUCGAAAGACGACGAAUUCUAAAAGAUGUUCCUCGUUUCAUUCUCAAACACGCACCCCUGGUACAUUUAUAUUCCGGCGAGCAGUUUUGGCCGUCAGACAUUCGCGAGCAUGUGCAGCACAUGGAAGUUGUCGUUGACGACGAGUUGGUCAAUAUUACUGAUGACAAGCUGACACUGGACAAUCUGCACCGCCUCAACCAGUUUGAAGGCGUUGUCACUCUUCACAGCCUAGAUGAUGUCGAAACCCGACCCCCUUGGCUACACAGCCAUGACAAUGUUCCAAGCCCCUUUGACAAUGAUGGAGACGGUCAUGACAACACCGGCGACUACGGCAGUGGUGCACCUGCUGGAGGCGAACGCACAACAUGGUUCGACGUGGACAAGGAUACUCCCUUGCACCGCAUCUCGGCCCCGCGGCCCCGCGGCCCCCGGCGCCGACUACGACCCCCGCUCCUGCAGCCCCGCCUCGAGCGCCGAGGACAUAAGCCCGACGCCAGCGGAUAUUCUCGAGCUCCUGCUGUCCUCAUUAUUGUAGAUAAGGGAUCAGGCAUCAUUGAUGCCUUUUGGUUCUUCUUUUACUCGUACAAUUUGGGGCAGACGGUCCUCGGUAUUCGUUUCGGCAACCACGUUGGCGACUGGGAACAUUCCAUGGUUCGAUUUCAAAACGGCGUUCCUAAAGGCAUUUACUUUUCUGAGCAUGAGGGCGGCCAAGCGUACGCAUGGGAAGCCGUGGAGAAACGUGGCGAUCGUCCCGUCAUUUACUCGGCUGUUGGUUCACAUGCCAUGUAUGCCACACCUGGCGAUCACCCCUAUGUCCUGCCAUUCAAGAUGUUGAAGGACGUCAGCGACAAAGGGCCUCUCUGGGAUCCCGCGCUGAACAAUUAUGCCUAUCACUACAAUUACAAAUUGGAAAAGCACACCGAGAUGGACGAGGAAUCUACCGAUGGUCACAAACACACGCCCAGUCUUGUGCCCGCGUCCACGAACCCCCAUGCCCCGACGGGUUGGUUCCAUUAUGACGGCUACUGGGGGGACCGCCUGUACACCUUGGCGGAUAUCCGGCAGUGGCGCCUCUUUGGACAGUACCACUAUGUUACUGGGCCUACUGGGCCCAAGUACAAACAACUCGACCGGUCGAAGGUGUGCCAGAGGCCUCAGUGCCGUAUUCUUUACAAGCUUGAUCCCAAGGGCACCUGGUAUUAG